AAAGCGGUGGCGGCCUCCGAUCGCUCUCUCUCUCUCCACCGUGACGUGAGCAGCCUUGGCGGCUAUUUAUAACCACACGAUUGGAUUUCAUUCAUGAAACCAGGGCCUGGUGUGUCUGAGCUGUGGGACGCGAGGUGGCGAAGGUGCUGCGGCUGCACGCACACCGGAGGGGCCUGGGCUCCAGGGCCGGGAUCAGCGUGCGUCCCGCUACCCCGGGGACCCGGCCUUAAGCCAAGCGGAGAUCAGAGCAGGGCAGGGUGUGUGCGAGCUGUCCCCGCGCCCCCUCCCCGCAGCAUCCCACCCACUCCCGAACAUCCGCUGGCCCUCAGUCCUGGGCUCAGGAAAAGAAAUCUUGGAAGGGAAAACCAGUUUCGGGGACACUGUGGACUUUCAAGCCGAUUGUGAGUUCUGGGGGCAGAGUUCUGGUUACUUUUCACGGAUCCGCAGAAGAACUGCCUAGGUGCCUAGGGGUGUCUGGCAUCACGCGAUGCUCUAAGGAGGUGACAGGGAACUGCAACUAACUUGGCUCCUGUCCGCAGGGAACUUUCAGUCCGCCUUCUCAACUGCCUGUUAGACUGGGCUGUGUAAUCCGCUCACUCUAGUCCUGCAACGAGACGAGACAGCUGGCGGAUUAGGAUGUGAAUGCCUUCAACUAGGGAUGUGCUACGUUUAUAAAACCCUUCUAAAGGCUGACAUGGAGCACACAAAAAAUGGCCACGCUACAUCCUUGGCCUCCAUCAGUUCUUAGCUAAGGCCUUGCCAGCAUCUCGAAAGGGUGGGAAAGAUAGAUAGCCGUAUUUUACUGUGAGGACGGUUACUUAGGGCUAUCCUUCAACUUCCCUUAAAAAAAUGAAUAGCAAACAAAACCCUCUCUCACAGUAACGCCUCCGUCCCUCCUUUUCAGGAAACCACAUUUGGUUUUCUUAGAUGGACUUCUCUUCCUCCCCAGGAUCUCUGGUUUCCAGUCUCUUUGGCAAUUUCCUGCCCCUCCCUUAGAUCCUCCCAUAGCUGGUCUCCAACUCUCGCUAUGUUGCCAAGGCUGGCCUUGAACUCCUGCAACCUCGGCCUUGCAGGUUUGUACCACCAACAGGCUAAGCAAACGAAAUGUUUUUAAAUAAGAAAAUGUUGUGCAGGCAACCUGCGGUAUUUAAGCAAUCCUUAAUGUACUGUUGUGGUUGGAGAUGGGGUCAUCAAGGCCAUAACCUUUUGAUGCUAGCAAGAGAAGGAAGGAAGAAGUCAAAUUCCCGUGUCUGAGGAGUUCAAGGUGGAUCGUGACUGAAUAUGGUCAUUUGCUUGGCAAGGGGUAGACUCCCCUCAGCCUGCUUUAAAAGGACACCAUGUUGAAAGACUCAAUCAAUAGAUACUCUCUCCAGGAAUAUAUUAGGGAAAGUUAAUUAACCCCGUUGUUGCUAACUAGCUACUUCUCGGCAAGUCAGUUCUUUUCAAACUACCUUGGGGCACCGAGGAAUAGAACAGUAACUAAGAAAUGGGAACUUAGAAACUAAGAAAUAUGUAUUGUGGCCCCAAGUGCAGCGGGGAAUGGCUUUCCUCUCUUUUUUUUCCUUAAGAUUAUUAUACCACCACAACUGAUGAGGCAGGCCAUUGGAACCAUUUUACAGAUGGGGUAACUGAGGCAAGGGCAAUUUGCAUUUUUUCAGUAUUGUUAGUGGUUGACUUUUGUGCCCCAGGGUCAUCGAGGGCUGGCUUUAUUUUAUCACUAACCUUUGUUGUAACAUCCGGUCCCCUUCAGGUGUCUUUCACUUCCUCAGUCACACAUUCAAAAGAUGAACCUGCCAUAACUUUCGAAAAAUGCCAGGCAUAAUGGCAUGCCCCUGUGGUUCCCCCACACUGCCAGAGGUAGAGACAGCAGGAUGCCUGGGGCUCACUGGUUCUAAAGCCUCUCUGAUUCAGUGGCCCCUAGUUCCUGUGGGGGAGGGGGGAAGGGACAGAUCCUAAGGAACAACCCCAAGGUUGACCUCUGAACUCCACAAGUACGUGCACAGGCGAGUGCCACCCUUUACCACCCCUCCCCCCACAUGGCAGCAUAUGCACACACCUGCACAUAUUUCUGAAGCAUCAGAGAGGUUGUAAGAGUAGAAAGACACCUAGUACUGUGCAUACUCUUGGGGUGCCUGACCAUCUCCUGAGCCCCCCCCCCCCCCCCCGACCAUCCUUGUAGAGUGGAUAAGGAAUGCCUACUAGCCAUUUUGCUACCAUUUUUGACCUCAUGGCAUACCUAAACUUGAGGGGGAACUGAUCUGGAGAACUUCCAGGAAAAUAAAUUGCUACUAAUGGAGAUUUCAGAGACAGCAGAAGAAAAAAAAAAAUUACUGGAACUUUGUACCAAGCAAGGACAGGGAUGUCAAGAAGACACUGCCAUCGACAUGCGGGGCCCAUGGUGCCCCAAACUUCACACACGGGACCUCUGAUUCAUGAAGGUGGGAGGAGUGGGCAUACAGCAUGGACCGUGACCGCCGGCAGAAAAGAGGGGAUAAAAGCAAAGCGGAUAGCGCAGCUUCACGCAAGAGCUCAGCUGUGCUCCAGCCCACCAAAGAACCAGCCUUCCUGCUCGCUAACACAAUCUGCAUCAUUCACCUGAGAUAUACAAGGACUGGAGGCCUCACUGGGAAUUAGCCAACAUUUCUCUCUCAACACAAAUUUUCUUGCACAAUGGUGAUGUUAAACUUGUUAUGGUAGGUAUUUUAACCAAUGAUGUUGCCCUUCACACACACACACACAUACACACACACACAGCCAAAAUAAAUAAAAUAAAAUAAAAUAAAAUAAAAACACCCCCUCCACCAACACCAAAUCAAAACAACACCAACAACCAAAACCAUCCCAGACUGGCCACCUCACACGUGCAUGCUGAUGCACAUACAUACACAAUAAUUAUAACUUAAAAAUUUAAAUACCAGAAUUUACAUAUAGAAGUGUUCUUUAAUUACCAAUAAACUCACUCACUACUG